CUGAGUCGAACGAGGUCAAAUCAGCUACACUGAAACUGCGCCUCUAAGCGUGCCCCAAAGACUUUGACCAUGGGCAACGCUACCAGCAACAUAUGCACAGAAAUGUGCAACGGCAUGAUGAAUGCCAUUGGCCGAAUGCUGGGGUACUUGAUUGCCACCAUUAUCUUUGCUGCAGCACUGGUAUUCACAGUGGCCAUAGUUCUUAUGCUUGCGUUGGGCUCUGUGUUUUCGCUUCUGAUUCAUGAUUACAUCAGCAGUUCACAGCAAUUGCUUGGCAUUGCUUCAUUUGGGAUUCUUCUACUUAUACCGACCAUAGUUCGCGGUGCGAAUCGCGACGCCACCCUUCUGGAUGUUUCAAUGGCGCUCAGUGGAGCCUCGCUUUUGAUGGGUUGCACAGCAGGGCUGCUUGGGAAAUACAGUCUAUUGCUCCCGCUAGCUCUGUGUAUUUUGUUUGGAGUGCCGCUGGCUGUGUGCUGGUGUCAUUUAUGUAUGACUUUUCCAGAUUGGGUGAAGGACUGCUGUUGCGAUGUUUGCCCUACUCUGUGGCGUAGCACUACAGCAUCAUCGCAGCCACUGCUGCAAACUGAAUGGAUGGACAGCAAAGCUGAGGCGUUGAACAUGACCGAAAUGAUGGAGGCUUUCUUCGACCAGUGUGUCCUUUGCGGGAAGGAGCUGCUGAAGCGAAAACCUGAUCUUUGGUUGACUCGUGACGACUUGGAAGAACUGAUGCCAGAUGUUAUCGUGGGUUUGCCGGCGCUGGCACUUUUAAGGGUGAUCCAGGAAACACUAGCCCGAGAUCAUGGCCGUGGAUUCUUGCUGGAUAAAUGGUUGAUCACCGAUCAGAACCGCCCUGCUGUGCGCGGUGCAGCAGAGGCGUAUCGUUGGGCUCUUGAAGCCAAAAAAAGCUUUGGCAGAGCUGCAGCCAUCGGUCGAAGAGUGCCUUUUCAUCGAAGCACGAACGAUGUGGGAAGGAAUUGAGGCACCUGCAGCUCCUGACUUCGAAGAGGGGCUGGAGGUCUUUGCCAAGUGCCCCUUGCACUGUCGUUCGCCGGGCCUGGCUGGACUGAUCGGGCGAAGGUCCAGUGGAGCGCCGGGCUGGGUUUGCAUGCGCCUCAUGAGUUGCUGCGCAAAGAAGAGCCACGCCGUCUCGAGUCCGCUGCUGCCGGUGAACCGCAAGAGGGAUCCAGGAAGCAGCUAGCAGUGCAAGUGGCCGGGCGUUUGCGAAGUGUGGCAACUUUCUUUACUCGGAUGCCCUUCUUUCAGCAGAACUUUCGUGGACGCGUCGUGGAGUCUUUACUGAAGGGCUACGACCAAUGGCGCUUCGGUGCAUCUUCUCCAGUGCGAUCGCCGCCUUUGUUAAGCCAUGCCACAGGUGCCCUGGCAGCUGCUUGUGCCUGUGAGAUCGCUCGGCUCCGGUCUGAGGAGUAGUCGAAGCAA